CAUUUGUCAAGACUAGCUUAGAUUUCAUAAUACAUUAUUAAACUUCUGAUCUACAUACUCAUGUUAGCCAUAAUGAAAAUGCCUCAGCUAAUUAUCUGUACCAUGGUUUGGCAUUUACUUCUGUUAGGAGUAACAGGACACAUUGUACCUAUAGUGGUCACAAACAAAUGCCCCUUCACAAUAUGGCCAGCAACAGCCCCUAACACAGGCCACCAAGUCACGGCCAAUGGCGGUUUCACCCUUAAAGCCGAGCAGUCAUCAACCAUCCACACUCCAUGGGACUGGAGCGGCCGCAUAUGGGCUCGAACCGGCUGCAACUUCAAAGCAGAGAGUACCAACACCACCACAAAUCCCCUAACCUUAAAACCAGCAUGCCAAACAGGGGACUGCGAUGGCCGGCUCGAGUGCAAUGGCCUCACAGGCAAACCGCCAGCAACAUUAGUAGAGCUCACCCUUCACUCAGACAAAAACCACCCUAGCUUCUACGACGUUAGCCUCGUGGACGGGUACAACCUCCCAAUAUCAGUCAUAGCAGGACGAUCAUCCCUUGACUGCGCCAUUCGAGGGUGCGUAAGAGACUUGAAAGAUUUUUGUCCAUUGGAGUUGCAAGUUAAGGAUGGAAGAGGGGAUGUAGUGGCUUGUAAGAGUGCUUGUCUCGAGUUCGAUAUGGACAGGUUUUGUUGCAGGAAUGAGUAUGGGAGCCCUGAGAAGUGUAAACCAAGCUUGUAUUCGAGUUUGUUUAAGGGUGCUUGUCCUUCUUAUGUUAGCUAUGCGUUUGAUUCGCCUUCGCCUUUGGUGAGUUGUUUGGUGAAGGAGCUUUUUGUUACAUUCUGUCCUGCAGGAUGGGGUGAUAGACAUGGUAGUCAUCUAGAACAAUAUGCUUCUUAUUAGGUAAAUUGCUACUUCAAUUCGUUUAUGAUUUUAUACUUGUUGACUGACCUUAUCUCUAUGUGAAGCUUGGAACAAUAAAUAGAGAUUAAUGAAAUUAAAUUUGUUUGUGUUUGGA